GUGAUGCACGUACAUAUGUACGUACACACAGUCUAUGCAGUCUUGGCAUUUUAUACAUGUUGUGUCUCAACAAACCCUCUAAAAGGCCAGCUUUCUUGGAAUUUUCUGUGAUAUUUUCCCCGUGUUUACAACCAAGGAUUAUUCUCUAACACUAAGAUGUAUAUCUUGGAUUUUUCAGCUUCGAUACGGACUCCAGUAGGUGAGUGAGAAGCGGCAAAUUUGUCGGAUUUUUUUCGUCGUUGAUCAACCUCCGCUGCUUGUGUGGUGCCCGUGUGUGCAGCUCGCCCGUGGGUUAGCGACGGGGGCCAAGAUGGCGUCCGUGCCCGCUACCACAAUGCAGCAACUACUCAUGUUUUGGUGCUGGAUUUGCGGUCUUUUCGUAAUCUUUGCUGCCGGAGCCGUUGGUCAAAUUCAAGCUUCACAAUUCGUCAGAUGUCCUGAGCCGUGUGCUUGCCUGGGAGACAUGGUAGACUGCAGCAAAAGGCAGUUAACAACUGUUCCACCGGACAUACCGCACUGGGUUAAAAUUCUGGACGUCAGUAAGAAUCGCAUUCAGACACUACCCAACCACUGGCCCAGCACACGCAACCUGACAAGGCUACUCUUAGACCACAAUGAGAUUGAGCACAUCCCACCAGGCUCCUUGGAAGGUUUCGUCAGCCUACGUAAGCUGGACCUCAGCUAUAACAACAUCAUGAACAUCACCACCAAUACCUUCCCAUCACAGACAAAUCUCCAUCAUGUAUUCCUAAACAACAACCAGCUCUCUCUGCUGGCCGCAGGCUGCCUGGACAACCUGACGUCGUUACAGACGCUCAACUUGGAGAAGAAUCGCAUCAGUUCCAUCCCCAUCGAAUUGUUCCUCAGGCUCAUCAAGUUAAACACACUGAAUCUGAGUCGUAACAAGCUGACCAGCAUCAGAAGCCUCGCCUUCACAGGUCUCUCAGAACUCACCGUCCUCAACCUCCGUCGUAAUCGCAUCUCCACCCUCUCAGACGGAGCCUUCUACGGUCUGACCAAGCUGCGAGAGCUGCAACUGGAUGGCAACCGCAUCGGCAGCGUCAGUAAGGGCUGGCUGUACGGCCUGGACGACAUCCGCCAGCUGCUGCUCAGCCGGAAUCUGAUCAACGCCACGGAUCCCGGCGGCUGGGAGUUCUGCCAGUCGCUGGAGGGAUUGGACCUGAGCUUCAAUCGCAUCCAGUCGCUAGAGCGCAGCGGGUUUGAGGGCCUUCCUGCCUUGCUGGAUCUCUUCAUUAACCAGAAUACGGUGUCUACUGUGGCUGACGGGGCCUUCAUUGGCUUGCAUGCUCUGAAAGCCCUUGAGCUGAGCAACAACCGCAUCUCCUGGAGCCUUGAAGACAUCCCGGGAGCCUUCGAGGGUCUCGUCUCACUGAGACAUCUCAACCUGGCUAACAACAAGAUCCGCUCCAUCCCCAAGCGAGCCUUUGAUGGCAUCGAGGGCAUCAGAGAACUGGACCUGAGAGACAACAACAUCACGUCCAUUCAAGUCAACGCCUUCAACAACAUGGAGCAUCUCAGCCAGCUGUUGAUCAACUCCAGUACCCUCUUCUGUGACUGCCAACUCUCCUGGUUCCCCAGCUGGGUGGACGCCGCCGGUUACAGAGGCACCAUCGAUGGGACGUGUUCCCACCCUCCACCCCUGAAGGGCACCAACGUCUUCAAUGUUGCCCCCUCUUCAUUCACCUGUGAUGAUAACUCCAAGCCCGUGAUCGUACGCAACCCCAAGACCACUGCCGCCCUGAGAGGAGACAAUGUGGCUUUACUCUGUGAAGCCUCCAGCAGCAGUGAAUCCACCAUGCGAUUCACAUGGAAGAAAGAUGAUGAGGUGUUAGCCAAUCCCAACACACAGGUCUUUGCCAGCCAGGGGGAAGGCAACUUGAUUCAAUACCGCAGCGUGCUGAACCUACCCAACAUCCAAGACACGGACCAGGGAAAGUUCCAGUGUGUCAUCACCAACGAGCUGGGAUCCACCAUGUCCAAGACGGCACGCAUCACCGUGCAUGUGUUCCCAUCCUUCGAGCUGACACCCAAGGAGAGCGAGGUCCGAGUUGGAGGCACGGCCCGUCUAGAGUGCUCAGCGACGGGCGACCCCAAACCUGUCAUCGCCUGGCAGAAGGAUGGCGGCGACGACUUCCCUGCCGCUAGAGAACGACGCUUUCAGGUCAUAGAUGAGGAAUCAGAGACCUUCUACAUCUCCAAUGUCAAGGUGUCGGACAUGGGUAUGUACAGCUGCACGGCCACCAACGCGGCCGGCAUGAUCAGCGCCAACGCGACCCUAACCGUCCUCCAAGCACCGAGCUUCAGAGAGCGACCCAAGAACAUGGAGGUACGCGCCGGCGAGGCGGCCGUCAUCGAAUGCAAAGUCUCGGGUUCCCCUCCACCCCGAAUCACCUGGACUAAAGACGGACGGGAAUUUCACGUCGACGAUGAUCACAUCUUGACUAGCAACGACGGGCUGUUGAUCAUCAAGAACGUCAGGAUGGAGGACGAUGGAACGUACACGUGUGAGGUGGUCAACAAAGUCGGUGUGGAUAGGGGAUCGGCCGCACUCACUGUCCUACCCAAAACCAAGUAUUACAGCACUACCACCGGUAUCAUCAUUAUCCUUGUUGUGUGCUGCGUGGUCGGUACGUCGCUGGUCUGGGUGCUCAUCAUUUAUCACACAAGGAAACAGCGAAGGCACUACAACACAACCCAUGCAGAUGACCCGGCCCUCCCCCCAGAGAUCCCCAGCUCCGCCUUCAACGGUUCCUCUGACGGCACCAUCCACCAAGAGACCAGUAGCGGCAUCUCCAGCGCGGCUACCGACAAGUUCCCGCCAGACAACCCCAGCGAUUGCGACUCGCUGGACGGCGGUCUGAUGAUCCACCCAAGCCUCAAGUACAGCCAUCGGUUGCAAGGAUCCAUGUUUGCUGGGGAGUCCAGCGACCCAAUGGAUAUAGCUGUGGCAGGCGGAGACGUCGAAGAUGAUAAAGGUGAUAGCGUACUAGACACCCCGCAGCAUCUACACUAUGACAGGGAUCUGGACACGGACCCAGAGAGCUGCACCGAGCACAGCGAAUGCCCGGCAGACUGCUGCCAACACCACGAGCCCACGGACCCCACCCCGUACCACCACCCCACAGACCAUGCCCCUCACCACCCUUACUGCAGGCACUCGGAGCAAACAACAAACAGAGGCAGUGUAGAGAGGGUUUCGUCCCCAGACGUCAUCGAUGGGACGUUAUCGAGGCUCUUCCACCCAUCGGUUCCACCGGGGUCCCCUGAGCAAGGCAGUGUUUGUAGGGGACAAAGAAGUCCUAGGAGUGCUUCGCUGGGACGGCACACGCGUGGAUACACGCAGUGUCCGGAAGAUCAACCAAGCUGCGGGAGGCAUCUGCACCCUCACACGAUACCAAGGAGUAAUCACACGGGGACCGGUGCCCCGCAGCAGCCGGUUCCCAUCAACCUCUAUGAGAACCCCACCACAGAGACUACCCGCGUCCCCCCUCCCCACCCCCACUGUCGCAAUAACGCCACAGGCAAGAAGUCCAACUGUCGCGACACACCGUCCAACCCCACCCCAACCCACCUCUCCCCCACCCACAAGACGAAACCGACGUCAUCGUCAUCGUAUCACAAAGCGCCCUCGCUGAAGGUUCGGCGGCCCCAAAACAGGAAAGCACCGCCAAGCAAUGUGUAGAUAUGGUUAUAUUAAUAUUAUUAAGUUUACUAUUGACAAGCUGUGUAUUAUAAGUAUAACAAAAUUGUGGCAGAAACUUAUUUUAUUUUCCUGUUUUUUUAAUGCAACUUUCGAUCAAACAUUGCUUCAGCAGUCCCAGAAUGCAUCACAUCAUUUGGAGGUUACAUCAUCCAGAGGUCAUAUGUGAAAUUGAGGAAAUUUAUUCUGCAGACAUUUUGGUUUUGAAGGGAGGACAGUUGUCCAGUUCUCUUUUUGAUUUUGGACAUGGACAUGCGUGAAAACUAUUCCGAACAGUAUUGAUUAUUAAAUUGGAAUUCUGUGUAUCAUAUUUUGUCCAUUAACUCGUCUUAUUUGGUGCUUGUAAAGAGUGGUGCAUUGUGGGACUGAUCUUGGUGUUAACGAGCAUGUUAUAGACUCGCAUGGGAAUUCGAGGUGAGCUUAUUUAUUAUUGACCGAGGUGACACAACUCGAGCCUGGGGCUUGCGUUGUGCCACCUCCCCAUUUGAACACCUCAAAAACUCAUCUUUUUAGGUGGGCCAAAUCCUUAAAAAAAUACAAUCCACUGCCAGCCUCGGGCUGAAUUUCCAUAGGAGGGUGGAAGCAAUGGGGCUUUUACCAUUUUAUACCCUAAACCGUCCCAGAUCCUUCAAAAUCUACUUAACUGGAGGUUCCAUCAAAAUCUACUUAACUGGAGGUUUUGGAGGAUUUUGUAGGAUUGAGGAAGGUAGAGCCCAGCCACUAUUACUUCACAUAGGGCUUCAUGACUUGAAACUUGGUAGGUACAAAGAGUGUGCCAUUGGGUUCCUGCACAGUGGAGGAUUACAGAGGAUUCACAAAAUGACGAAAACUUGGGGAGUAAAGGGUUAAAUGUAUCAUUCUUCAGUAUCUAAACUUCUGGAAUGGCCCCCAAAAAGAUGAGUUUAUUUCUGUGUUUUGAGUCUUUGUAAUGCUAAUGUAAUAUUCUGCCUCACGAAUUUGAUGUGUAGCCUGCUGCCCAACGAAGUCAAAUAUUAAUUGAAUUUUUUUUCUUUGUAUGUACAGAAAGAUUGUAAAUAAUAUAUUAUUACUUUUAAAAGAAAAGGCAUGUUUGUUUCAACCCACCCUUCACAUGUUUAUUAUAUAUAAAUAUAAAUCGAUGUUCCUCUAAAUGUACUAAACGUUUUGUCAUGAUUUGUAAAAUCGUGUUUUGGUUUUGUUUUUUUAAUUUAUAUUUUUUCUUUUUAAGUUUGAAAUAGAUGAAUUUGUGAUUUUAUAGAUAGAUUACUGAAUAAUGAAUUUUUGUAAACGAGAUGUCCUCAAAAAUAAAAGUAUCCUUUCCAUAAACAUAUACAGUGUUUCAAGUAUUGUUUUCCAUUGAUGGCACUUUUCAGAUAAAACUUCCCAAAGAAAGUUACAGAAAGUACAUAUUUGAAGAACCUUGAAUAUUCUAAAGGUAACUUUUGUCCCUUUUGCACGCCAUAACUUGGAUUGCAUUUUGAUGACCUUAAUUUAAUUGUCCAAAUAAGCAAAAAUUAGACCUCCGUUUGAGAAACCAAGAUUUAGGCAAUUGUUUUUCCAAACCUUUGAAACAAUUUCAAGUUAUCCUGCGAACUGAAACUUUGUAUCAAGUUCCAGUUUUUUUUAAAGCUAAAAAUACAAAAGUUUAUUUUUGAGGACAUCCUGAAUUCACCUCAAUACCUCAAUCGCUGGUGUAAUUAUGCUUAAUGGACUAUUUGUUUGAUAAAUAGACAUUGACAAAUUCCAUCCUAUGUUAACUCUACGAUAUUGUCCUAAGCGUUUCUGCUGAGUGCCGAAACAAUCGUGCUCAAAUAUUUCCAUAUUUUGAGUUGCGAAUUAGAAAAUCUGAACAUUUCCCACUUUUUCUUUAUGUGCAUCUUUAUUCCCUACGUGUUCCCAAAUAAUUUUGUCAAAUUGCUAGAGGAAUCCUUCAAGUGUUUGAAGAUAUUGGGAUUUUUUGAGAGAUUCGUUCAAAAUGGUUCAAAUUUCAUGCAACCUCGCGCUGUAAAGAGCAUUUUCUCUACUUGAUGUAAACAUUCACUGAAACUGUACAUUUAAUAUGUGUGCCAAACAGCUUUUGAUACCAACACAAUUGAAAACAAAUUUGGAAUGAAACUUUUUACAGCCCGUCUUUUUCAAAAUACUGUGUCCAUCUGGAUGAGAUAAAAUGGACUGGCUGCUGUACAUAAUGCACUGUGAUACUAGUAUGGAUACAACAAAGUUAAUGAAAAUAUCACAGAAUAUUGGGUUUUUAUGUCCAUGUUUCACUGUGGGUACUAGAUAUUGCUAUAUGGUCUUCAGUUACCGACUUUAUGGGUGUGGCAAGGGGGGGGGGGGUAUUCGUUCUCGAUGUUCGAGGUGCCAACUUUGUGAGUCCUCUUCGUGCAUGUCGUUGUGAACUACAUGUUUUUUCAUCCCAGAAGUUGCUAAAAUCAGACGAAACUUAUGGUCAAGAUUUUUUUAAAUUAUUUUUGGAAACUUUUUCAAGAUUCAAAAAGGCAAAUUCCAACAUUACUUGGAUUUGUAAUAUUUUCUCCCAGAUCUUCUGUUCUUACUCAGCCCUCUGCCCCACAGUAAAUGGAAAUUCAGGAUUUAUGUUGCGAAAUUAAUUUUCGUUGAAUGGAAGAUGAUGUAAUUAAACAAUCCAGCAGUCUGUUAUUCAGUCUUGUAA